AUGCACAGUUUGCUCAAGGGCCGGAGCUUCCCUGGUAAGAUAUUGAUAACCCGGAGAGCAGACCCUGUCGACCAACCAAAUUUGUACUCUCCAAACACUGCAAGGAAAUUGUCAGAUGAUUAUAUUGAAAAUGGUGAUAACAUGGAUGCUCCGCUUGAGGAUGAUUUUCGAAACAGAAACAGUACGAAUGCUAGUUCUUCGGUUACUCAGACAAAAUCUUCGAGUUCGAGUGGUGAAAGCACGUCAAAUGAGAUCCAUAAGUCCUCAAUGGGUGCUAGAUCUACAGAUUCUGCUAGGCUAACGAAGUUCACAAAGGAGUUGUCUGGUUCAAGUGUAAUUUUAGAUAAGUUGCGUGAAUUAGCAUGGAGUGGUGUCCCACCAUAUUUGCGUCCAACUGUAUGGAGACUUCUCUUGGGAUAUGCACCCUGUAGUUCAGACAGAAGGGAAGGAGUUCUGAGGCGAAAGCGCUUAGAGUAUCUAGAUUAUGUUACCCAAUACUAUGAUAUUCCUGACCGGGAGCGUACAGAUGAAGAGGUUAACAUGCUUCGUCAGAUUGCCGUCGAUUGUCCCAGAACUGUACCUAAUGUUACAUUCUUUCAACAAGCUGAAGUCCAAAAGUCACUGGAGCGAAUACUUUAUACUUGGGCCAUUAGGCAUCCUGCAAGUGGUUAUGUUCAAGGGAUAAAUGAUCUGGCGACACCCUUCUUGAUCGUUUUCUUAUCCGAAUACUUGGAGGGUAGUGUUGACUCUUGGUCAAUUUCCGAUCUUUCUUCUGAGAAAAUAUCAAAUGUAGAAGCCGAUUGCUAUUGGUGCCUGUCAAAGUUGCUUGACGGUAUGCAAGACCACUACACGUUUGCCCAACCAGGAAUCCAGCGGCUUGUGUUUAAGUUGAAGGAAUUGGUUAGAAGGAUUGAUGAACCCAUUUCGAGGCACAUAGAGGACCAGGGGCUUGAGUUUCUUCAGUUUGCUUUUCGCUGGUUCAAUUGCCUUCUUAUACGCGAGGUGCACAUUGCUCAAUCUCUGUUAAAAACUUAA